UUUGGUGUUUGGGAGAUAGGAUUGGGUAAAGCACUUGUCAUUCAGAUAUCAAGGAACUUCGGUUGUUCCAACUGGUUACCGUUGUUCUGUUGGUGUCUGAGGAACGGUUGAAGACAGUUAUUUAUAAUAAGAUGGGAACCCGAGACGACGAGUAUGAUUAUUUGUUUAAAGUCGUUUUGAUUGGUGACUCUGGUGUUGGGAAAAGUAACCUCCUGUCACGGUUCACACGGAAUGAGUUUAAUUUGGAAAGUAAGAGUACAAUAGGUGUGGAAUUUGCUACCAGGAGUAUUCAGGUGGAUGGAAAAACAAUAAAAGCUCAGAUCUGGGACACAGCAGGACAGGAACGAUACCGUGCAAUUACAUCGGCGGCAGUAAUGCAUUUGCCAGUUGAUUUAGAAAACUGA